AUGGCAACUCAAGUGGAAAAAUUCGGGUUCAGGAUUUGGUUGGGCUUUUCUGGCGAGAUAAAGAGCAAAGAGGGAAUAGCUUCGCAUGCGUGCCAAACCUUGCCUUCAAGUUUCGAGCCACAGCCGACUCUGCCUCACCCACUGCGAGCCCGCGACCCUGGCACCUACCGCGACCGCUGUGUAGUGUCUCGGAAAUUCGAUAGAGCAGCAGCUAGGAAACGUUUCGCGGAGAAUGGGGAGUCUUGUGCAGACGAUGACGGGAAUCUGUUGAAGGAUGAGUCCAGUAAUCAAUUUCAAUACUUGGAGGUUGCCUAUAUUCUCCCUCAUUGUUUGACGACGGUAGCUUCCGAAGAUACCGAUUUGAGCGAUUCAAAGAAAAAUGCGCUUCGGAUCUUGGACAUGUUCGAUCUAGGAAUAAUCUAUCUCAUUGAUGGUCCCAAAAUCGAUAGUCGUAUCAACGCCCUCACUUUAACGCUGGACUACUACCGGCUAUUCGGCGAAUUCCAGAUCUAUUUCGAACGCACUGGCACACGACACCAGUACAGGAUUGACUCGACAGAACGCAGUCCUUUCUUACUUGACCCCUUGUUUCCCGUCACACGAUUGCUGACCCUAAGUCCUUAUCGCACGGUAGAUCCGCCAUCCUCCCGGCUUCUUGAUGUCCACCGCGCUAUCGCACUUAUUAUGAAACUUAGCGGUGCUGGCGAAUAUAUCGAGAGUGUCCUUCGUGAUAUGGAAGAGCUCAAUACAGGAAGUCGGGGGGUUUAUAUGUUAAGGGGUCUGUAUCGCAGGACAGAGAACCUGUUGGCUAGGCAGAGAGUCCAAGUCUAUGGGGUCUGA